AAAAGAACAGGUCCACGCCUUUUCCAUACACUAGACGUAGCGUUAAGUGAAUAGAAUGCAUUGAUUGUGUAUGGGAUGCACUGGUGCUUGGUAACGUUAUGCUAUGAAAUGAAUGCAGUGGACCAGUGGUGCUCUUCCAGCGUCUGUUAGUUUUUUAUUAGAUGUUAUUAAGCUCAUGUUAGAGUAUUUAGCUUUCAAAGUGCACUAAUGAUGCACUACUCAAACUGGCUUAUUGGCGUAAAAGACAGGGCAAGCCUUCGAAAUGCAUGCAAAACACCACCCAACGUCGACUGGAACAGGGUAAAUGUUGUCGACAUGCAGAACAACAAUCCGCAGCCUAAUGAAAAGACAUCCGAGCUAGCGGUCGUCACCCACCUCUGGAAAAAAGGCUACAAAACAAUGAAGAAAAUCGGGGAGGGUACAUUUUCAGAGGUGGUGAAAACUCAGAGCCUGAAAGAUGGGAAGUUCUACGCAUGUAAAACCAUGAAGCAGACAAUUAACAGCCUGGAGCAAGCCAACAACCUGCGGGAAGUCCAAGCAAUGAAGAGACUGAGCCCGCAUGCAAAUAUCAUCCAGCUACAUGAACUGAUUUUUGACAAAGAAACUGGAACUGUGUCUUUGAUUUGUGAGCUGAUGGAGAUGAACAUCUAUGAGUUCAUACAAGGAAGAAAAACGCCCCUGCCUGACAAUACAGUAAAGAACUACAUGUACCAGCUUUGCAAGUCACUUGAACAUAUGCACAGGUGUGGGAUCUUUCACAGAGAUGUGAAGCCAGAAAACAUUCUCAUCAAACAAAAUGGUCUGAAGCUUGGUGACUUUGGCUCAUGUCGGAGCGUGUAUUCCAAGCCCCCGCAUACAGAGUACAUCUCCACACGCUGGUACAGAGCCCCAGAGUGCCUCCUCACUGAUGGGUACUAUGGCUUAAAGAUGGAUCUGUGGAGUGCUGGUUGUGUCUUCUUUGAGAUCAUGAGUCUGACACCUGUGUGUUUCAGUUUGAAUCCUCUCUUCCCUGGAACCAAUGAGUUGGACCAGGUAGCCAAGAUCCAUGACGUAUUGGGGACACCAGAUGAAAGCAUCCUCCAAAAGUUCAAGCACAGGUCUAGAGCGAUGCAUUUCACCUUCCCCCCUAAAAAAGGCAGCGGUAUCUCACGGUUAGUCCCUCACUGCCCGGCUCCAGCUCUAUCACUGCUCUAUCAGAUGCUCGCCUAUGACCCUGAUGAACGCAUCACUGCAGAAACAGCCCUGCGGCACACAUACUUUAGGGAAAUCAGGCUGGCAGAGAAGAAAGCCGAGACUCUUCACAGAGUUUCUGGGACUAUGGAUAGACUAGAGAGUAGUGGGUCGCACAACUCAUUAGACCACAUCUGGCGCCCAACCAGACUUGGCAAACAGCUGAGGGGAAGACACACAAGGCAAACCCCUUUAAUAAGCCACAACAUGAAGCACGUAGCAGAGCCCCUCAUCCGGCGGAACGUCCCUCAUUAUCCCACAGAGCUGCCCAAGCUCAACAUGGUUAUACCAGGACCACAGAUCUCCUUCCCAGUCUCCACCAUACCUGCAUUUACUGUCACUCACCGAGGCACAUUGCCAACCAUCACGUCAAAGAAGUGCCAGUCACAGUUGGCCAAGCCCCGGGAUGAGUCACACCGCGCAGCUUUCAAGACCUACUACAUUCCACCUCUGGAUAGGAAACAUGGAGGCUACUGAGAGC